AUGGUCUCCUUCUUCUCAUCCUUCCUGCAAUGGUUCAGCGGUCUGUUCUUCUCCAAAACCGCUGAAAUCUCUAUUGUAGGGCUGCAGGCCUCAGGAAAGACUUCUUUUGUGAAUGUCAUAGGAUCUGGUCAAUGGAGUGAAGACGUCGUGCCCACGGUUGCGUUCAACUUCAGAAAGGUCCGCAGAGGGAAUGUUACACUGAAGAUCUGGGACGUUGCUGGCCAGCCCAGGUAUAGGUCUAUAUGGGAGCGCUAUUGCAAUGGUGUAGACGCUGUCGUGUUCGUAGUGGAUUCUAUGGAUAGGGAGAAGUUUGACACUGCCCGGUUUGAGCUCCACCAGCUUCUUGCGCAGCCAAGUCUAGCCGGUAUACCGUUACUCGUCCUCGGUAAUAAGAACGAUCUGGAAGGACAUGCGCCCGUGAGUGAGUUGAUCAAAGCACUGCAACUGGAUAAAAUUCAUAACAGACCAGUUUCGUGCUAUUCAUGUUCAAUGAAGAGCCAACACAAUCUAGACGUUGUCCUCCAGUGGCUCGCCAGGUGCAGCCACUAA